AUGAAAGGUAAAGCAUCUACUACUUCAACUUCAAGUAUAAAUCUUGAAGCGUUAAGCACAAAUUUUAACGAAGUUGGUGAUAAGUUGAAUGAUUUGGGUGGGCGACUUCUAGAUCAGUUGAAGGAAAGAGAUGAACUUAAAAAAGCACAAGUUGAAGAAAAGAAAAGGCAAAAGGACGAGACCAUGAAGUUUAGAAUGUUAGAAAGAUUAAUGCAGAAGCCCGUUCUUGAUGAAGUUGAAUUAGAAAUUUCUUCUUCUUCAUCUUCGUCUUCAAGUUCAACUGAUGAUAUCUAUGAUCAAAUGGUCAUGAAUUUUAUCAACGAGAGUCAUCGAUUACAAGUAAUGCAAAAUGCAGUACUUGUAGCUGUAAACAAUUCAGUACAACAAAAUGAACAUAAACGUCAAAGAAAACGAAGAAUAACUGUGCCGAGAAAUCGUGAAGCAGCUCACGACAAUUUAGUUUCAGAUUAUUUUAGUGACCAACCAGUAUACGAUGAAACCACAUUUCGAAGGAGGUUUCGUAUGCGAAGACCCCUUUUCCUUCGCAUUGUCAACACAUUAAGUGCAACUAACCGUUACUUCCAACAACACCCAGAUGCUACCAUGCGUCUUGGUGCUUCACCCCUUCAGAAAUGCACAACAGCCAUACGUAUGUUAGCUUAUGGUUGUUCUGCUGAUCAAAUAGAUGAGUAUCUGAAGCUCGGUGAAAGCACUGCCAGAGAAUGUUUUGCACAGUUUGUCGACGGAGUAAUUGCUCAAUUUGCAACUGAGUACCUUCGCAAGCCAACAUUGGAAGAUAUCCAACGCCUCCUUAGAGAAGGGGAGGAUAGAGCUGGAUGGAAAGGAAUAUAUCAAGGAAGAUCUAAAACGGCGACUGUUAUUUUAGAAGCGAUUGCUUCCAGGGAUUUAUGGAUUUGGCACGCCUUCUUUGGGACUCCUGGAUCCCGCAACGACAUUAAUGUAGUUCAGCGCUCUCCGGUGUUUGAUGAUAUAAUAAAUAAUCGUGCUCCACAAGUUCUGUUCACUGUUAACGGAAAUAAUUACAACAAAGGAUAUUAUCUCACAGAUGGGAUUUAUCCAAAAUGGUCGACAUUCAUAGACGCUAUUGCAGUCCCACAAACCUUAAAGGAUAAAUUGUUCACUACACGUCAAGAGAGUGCUAGAAAGGAUGUUGAGCGUGCAUUUGGUGUGUUACAAGCUCGGUUUGCAAUAGUCCGGAAGCCUGCUUUGGCAUGGAGUGUAGAGUUGAUGUGGAAAAUCAUGAUGACUUGCAUCAUCAUCCACAACAUGAUAGUUGAAGACGAAUGUGAUACAUAUUUAAACUAUAAAGAUCCACUAGAAUUCGCUCAAGAACAGCCUGAAAAUAUGUCAGGGUCGUCCUCAACCAGAAAUGCAACAACAUUUAUCGUAACUCCUGGGCAGUAUGAUCCUGAUAAUUUUAGUAGAUUGAUUGCUUCAAGAGGGGAGAUUCGCGAUAGACAAGUUCAUGAGGCAUUAAAGAAUGACUUGGUUGAGCAUUCAUGGGCAAAGUCAAGGAGCUCGGUUGAAAAUUAG